AUGGUGGCGGGGACAUUUGAUCCGGAUCGAGAUUUGGAUCUACUUAAUGUUCACGAGCUUAACCGUGUAACGGAACAGUUGCAAGAUGACCUGGCUCAUGAACGGGCUCGGCGUUAUGAGCUCCAUUACAUUGCAAAGAGCAAUUACAUUUCCUUAGCGCGCGAUCAUUCGGACGAUCGUGAAGCGUUUGCGUUUGCACAACUUGAGAACAAACAUUCGACUAUUUCUCUACGUGACGAGCUGGCUGCAUCUCGUCAGGACAUCGCUCAGCUGCGUGAGCAGGUUACUUCGCUAGUCGACCAUACUGGCUCGUUGGAACGGGACCGCUCGAAGGUGGUCUCGGCCCUUGACCGCGGAGGUGUUCUUUGCAUCUCGAAACAGGCUCGUACUGAUAGUACGAGAGGAGACGUCCAACGUAAAACGUAG